AGAAGCAAUUUCGUGGACCACUUUGCCUCAUAAUAAUCGAGAGAUGGCGUCCUGUACCCAGUGAAUAAGCAAAAAAUAUCUUAAAGAAUUGACGAAGAGAUACUCUAAUGGCAUUUAUCAUUAGGCUACGAACACUGUUGAAGUAGGCUAAUAAUAACAAUAAUCUUUCACUGAUAGAAAGAGCAUUUAUUUUGGUGCUGUUCUGCAAUAGCCUAUUCCACCUGGUUUCCCCAGAUUUAACAGGGGGUGGGUUCCGCGGCGUUUGUUUCAGCAUCCUCCAGCCUCCGCCUCUGUGUAGGCUAUCCAACGCGAGGACGGCGAAACUGGAGACAGGGAGAGAGGGCGAUGGCUGCCGGUGGAGGAUGCGGGGAGACUGUGGAUCAGUACCGGGCGGAGGUUGAGCGGCUCACCCAGGAACUUGCGGAUGCGAACAGAGAGAAGAUCAGGGCGGCAGAAUGCGGUCUUGUUGUGUUGGAAGAGAACCAGACUUUGAAGCAGCAGUAUGCCGAUUUGGAAUCGGAGCAGGAGACGCUGAAGCAGGAGUUGGAACAAUUACAAGAGGCGUUUGGCCAGGCCUACUCCAACCAGCGUAAAGUGGCGGAGGACGGCGAGAGCAACGAGGAGUCACUGCUGCAGGAGUCAGCGUCUAAGGAGGCCUACUACAUGGGCCGGCUGCUGGAGUUGCAGACUGAGCUGAAGCUGAGCCGCUCGGUGGCGUCCAACGCGUCCAACGAGAGCGAGAGGCUCAACGCCGUGCUGCAGGAGAACAGCGAAAGUAAUGAGGUGCUGGAGUUGCAGCGGAGCCGGAUGAGGGAGGAGAUCAGGGAGUGUAAAUUCAGAGAGGCCCGUCUCCUACAGGACUACACCGAGCUGGAGGAGGAGAACAUCACCCUCCAGAAACUAGUGUCCACACUCAAACAGAACCAGGUGGAGUAUGAGGGUCUGAAGCAUGAGAUCAAGGUUCUGGAGGAGGAGACUGUGCUGCUGAACAGCCAGCUGGAAGAUGCUCUGCGUCUGAAGGACAUCUCUCAGUCCCAGCUAGAGGAGGCCCUGGAUGCCCUGAAGAUAGAGAGGGAGCAGAAGAACAGCCUGAGGAAGGAGCUGGCCCACCACAUCACCCUCAGCGACAGUGUAUAUGGGGCCGGAGCCCACCUGGCACUCACCGCCACGGUCGACGGGCUCAAGUUCGCCACAGAAGAGGUUGGGAGUAAUGGUACAGCCAUGCCCAAUGGCACCAAUGGGAAUGAGGAUAGCAACAGCGACUGUAACGGCCACCUGGGACUGGUUAAGGUGAACGGCGACUACCGGCUGCCCAGGAAGGGGGAAGGGCUGCACGGUCCUGUGUCAGACCUCUUCAGUGAGCUCAACCUGUCUGAGAUACAGAAACUCAAACAGCAGCUCCUUCAGGUGGAGCGUGAGAAGUCCAGCCUCCUGAUGAACCUGCAGGAGGCCCAGACCCAGCUGCAGCACACGCAGGGGGCCCUGACCGAGCAGCACGAGUGUGUCCACCGCCUCACCGAGCGCGUCAACGCUAUGAAGCGCCUCCACAGUGACAAGGAGAUGGCCGACGCCCAGGAGUCCGAGACGCACGACGGGUUGCCCGCGCCCGGUCGCCGCGACUACGUGGUGAACAUCCACGGGAUGGAGAUUCUGGAGUGUAAGUACAAGGUGGCGGUAACCGAGGUGAUCGACCUAAAGGUGGAGCUAAAAGCUCUGAAGGAGAAAUCUAACCAAUGUGUGGAGGGCCAGGGGAAGGAGUGGAGCAGCAGCGAUGGGAAGGUCCAAGCUCUGGACGAGCAGGUCAAACGGCUGGAGAAGAGCUGCCGCGAGGCCCGCGAUAAGGUGGCCCGUUUGGAGGCGGAACUACAGGCGGCGACGGGCGUGGCCACGGAGAGCCACGACAUGCUGAACAGGGCGCAGGACGAGCUGGUGACAUUCAGCGAGGAACUGGCCCAGCUCUACCACCACGUGUGUCUCUGCAACAAUGAGACGCCCAACCGCGUCAUGCUGGACUACUACCGUCAGAGCCGUAACACUCGCAGCGGCAGCCUCAAGGGCUCUGAGGACCCCCGGGCACUUCUAUCCCCCCGCCUGGCUAGACGCCUCGCCGCCGUGAACGCUGGGCUCUCAGAGGCCCCCCGGAGCCCCAUGGACUCGCCCUCCAAAGACCCCCCCAGUGGGGACAACGGGACAACAGGGAGGGAGUCCCCAGCACCAGGCAGUCAGGGGAACCCCAUCCGCACCCCCAUUGCCUCCCCGGUCAUCAACAGCUCCAACGGCUCUCCCUCCUCCUCUUCCGUCCCUCCCGAGGCGGGCGGAGACCUGCGUAAGGAGCCCAUGAACAUCUACAACCUGAACGCCAUCAUCAGGGAUCAGAUCAAACACCUGCAGAGAGCCGUGGACCGCUCCCUCCAGCUGUCUCGACAGAGGGCAGCCGCCCGAGAGCUGGCCCCCUUGUUCGACAAGGACAAGGAGGCCUGCAUGGAGGAAAUCCUCAAGCUCAAGUCCCUCCUCAGCACCAAGAGGGAGCAGAUUGCCACGCUCAGGCUGGUGCUCAAAGCCAACAAACAGACUGCAGAGGGGGCGCUGGCUAAUCUAAAGAGCAAGUAUGAGAAUGAGAAGUGCAUGGUGACAGAGACCAUGAUGAAGCUGAGGAACGAGCUGAAGGCUCUGAAGGAGGACGCCGCCACCUUCUCCUCUCUCAGGGCCAUGUUUGCCACCAGGUGUGAUGAGUAUGUGACUCAGCUGGAUGAGAUGCAGAGACAGCUGGCUGCGGCGGAGGAUGAGAAGAAGACCCUGAACUCCCUGCUCCGUAUGGCCAUCCAACAGAAGCUGGCCCUGACCCAACGCCUGGAGGACCUGGAGUUUGACACCGAGCAGACCCGGGACCGCGGCCGCGGCGCCAAGGUGCCCAAGAUCAAGAGCAGCCCGCCCAAAGUAAGUCGACGAGCCGCCCUCACAGCUCCCCCCAGCCCCACCAUGAUACACAGCCCUUCUUCCACCUGCUCCCACACCUUCAACACCUCCCUGACCCUCUGCAGCCCUCCCUCCCUGGAGCUGCCCCUCUCCUCCAACCCCUGGUCGGCCUCAGACGGAGGCACUUCCCAGACCUCAUCCCUGGUCUCCUCUCUGCCUCCCCUGGGUCACCCACAGUGGUCCCUGGGCACUCAGACCUUCAUCAUUGACCCAGAGUCGCUGAGUUUAGAGUGCUGUCGACUCGUUAACAGUCGAGACUCCAGUCCGCACUCUCCUAGCUCCGCCCCCGUGUCUCCUUACCGCUCACCCAUUCCUAAGACUUGGCAACACUUGUCACCGGGGUCGGUCAGAACUCGUACCCAAAAAGACGCACCUCGCCCCUCUGCUCUGGUCACAUCUCCCAGCAACCCAGUCCCUCACGCCUACAGUUCCAAGAUGCCCUAGCCCUAGUCCAAGUGGGUGGGUGGGACACAGGGAGGAGGACAGACUGGUUUCCUGUUUCCAGUGUCUGGCUUGACCUAUGACUAUGCAGUACUGUGACAUUCUUCUCAGGAAUUGGCUAUGAGAAGGAGCCCAACACAGCUCGUUCCAUCUGCAGACAAUAAUCAAGUCUGUUUAUAGUUUGGGGCUCAUUUCUGUAAAUGAAGGGAUUUAGGGAAGAAAUGAAAUAUAUGUUAGAAAUAUACCAGUAAAUGUGACAUUUCUAUGACAAAUAAAGUUGAGUUUUAGUAAUUUUUCUGAGGAUUUGUUAUGCAUAAUGAGCUAAGAUGGAGUGAAGGAUACUUCUACAUUUUGGAGAUAUUUGAUUCCGUAUAACAUAGGUUUUUACUUCCUCUCUUGGCACAUAAACUGUUAGCUUUUAGAGUAGAAGUGAAGUGCUGUAGCCAAGUCCUCAUAUCAUACAACCUAAUUAUUGUCCACUAUAUUCCAUUGUUAGGCCAUUGAAUUCCCCUGUUGUUGUCAUUGCCUAUGUUAAUUAUUCACUUUGUAUAAUCAAAGUCUGUUUGUAAUCAAUAUACACAUUGCUUUUUCCGACCAUCCAUAAACUGUGCACAGAGCUACACUGUUACUCUGUUCUGUGUGUCUCAUUGGGCGCCACCCAGUGGAUGAUUUACACAGUUGAAACACAGACACUAAUAGCCAUUGGAAUUCCUCAGUCUAUCCCAGGGAUGGGCAAUGCAGACCCACAAGCAACUCGGGGCCCCCGCCCCCAUCAAAGUUGCUCAUCUCUGGUCUAUCUAUCCCUAUGAAUGUUUGACACAGAAAAUAUAAAGCCUGGUUGAAAUCUCAGGGAAUCUUUGUUUGUAAAGCAGAGAAAGGCACCGUAUCUAUUUCUCUAUGGUAGGCUUCUUUACUAUGUAGGCUACCUUACAGUACCUCUCUGACACAGUCUAGAAAUGAAACCGUUUUGAUGACUCUGCAAAUCAUAUUAUAAUUCAGGUCAUCAAAAUAGACGCGGUAAAGGGGUCAAUGGAACUUGACCAAACCAAUGGAAUUGCCAUGGAAACGCGUGGGGAAAGAUCCAGGGGUUCUCCUCGUUGUAUUUCACACUAUGUUGAGGUAAAAAUCGGAGUAUAAUGUUUGUAUGAAUGUCAACCCCAACACAUGUCAUCGUUACCAAUCAACUGCGUUCCAGUUAAAAACAGCGUUGACUGCCAUCAACGAUUUCUGUAUGAUAGCUACAUGUAUGCUACUAGCUCAUACAAACGGGAGUUAGCAUUUAGCAGUCACUUCCUCUUAACCUGAAGAGGGACAACUUCUACAUGUUAUGCAGCAAAAACAGCCAAAUAUAUCCAAAUUGGACUUAAGUAACCACAUUGUGGGCUGUUACAAUACAUAAAUCAUGACGGAUUUGACGAAUAUCCACUUUGUUAAAUCAGAUUUGUUGAAUGUGGGCCAAUCUGGUCAACGUUGACUCCUUUGCCACGUCUUAUGAUUUUAAGGAAUCGUUCUAGUUUGAUUAACAUGUUCAAGCCAUGAUAAUAACAUGACUCUUGAAUUGUCAUCGAAUCUGGAGCAAAAAGCAUUUGACAGAAGUCCCUUCCACAAGUCUACAGCCCUAUUCAGUGCCACAAUCAAUUGCCCCUUCUCUACACUAUACUACGUACAGCAUACUAUAGCAUGACAUCAUUGUGUCCUUAGAGUCUAUUAUUAAUAUAGAAAACUGUGUGUGUGUGUGUGUGUGUGUGUGUGUGUGUGUGUGUGUGUGUGUGUGUGUGUGUGUGUGUGUGUGUGUGUGUGUGUGUGUGAGUGAGAGAGAGAGAGAGAGAGAGAGAGAGAAGGAAACUGAGUGAUUGAUCUAUGAUGCUUUUUCUGUCAAUGUUGAUAGCUUUUUGUUGUGGCAUGCAUGUGACUUUGAUCAGUCAGAUCCAGGAGGAAGAAUAUACAUGGUUUAUAUGCAGAUAUACCAUUCAGAGCAGCAUGGAAACCAGUGUGACCUCCUCUCUGUGACACUCUAACCACCUACCCAGACCUACUACACUGAUAACACACCCUGAAAAGAACACCCAAGCAGUUCAAAGCAACCCUAUGCACAUGCCAUGUAGUGCCUGCAGAUGGCAGUGUCUUAACAAUUCCCAAUGAGUCGUUCCUGUCAAAUGCUGUUUGGCCCUCAUGUCCCUACCAUGGAUAACAAGUUAAAUUACACUCACCUCUCUGUGGUUAUUAGCUUUUGGCUCCUACAGUGGUCAAAUGUUUUUAUAGACACAAUCUGAGGUGAAGAAUGUCCAUGUACAUUCAAGUCCAAUCCCUAUAGGAUAACAUGGGUUGCACUUUGACUCUAUAAAAUAAAAACCCAAGACUGCAGGGUCAUUCAUUCAUUAAUGUGUUACAAUUGUGUAUGAUAUUAUCACUUAUCUGAUCUAAAAAUGCUGCUUCGUUUUUAGCCCAUAGGCUUACAUGAGCAGCAGUUAAUUGCUCCGUGUGACAGUCGCCAUUAGGUUUUUGUUUGUUUGUAUGUCUCUCUUUUGGUGCAGCACAGAAAAAUACAGUACUGGAUUUGAAACUGUGCGUAAAUGUUCUAUGUGUGUCUGUGUUUUUCCCCUUAGCAGUGCUGUCCGUCCUCCUCGAAGGAUGGACAGAGGAAUGCCUUGUCAGUUGGGUCAGACGAGGCUGGUUUUGAAUAACGAGCAGUCUUUCAGUGAUACACAAGUACUUUAUUGGCCUUGGAAAAUGAACAGAGAGCUCCCUUUCUCCUGCUAUCUCUCUCUGGCUCUUUCUCUCUCUCUCUCUCUCUCUCUCUCUCUCUCUCUCUCUCUCUCAUAGAAACAUAAACAACUUCUCUCACACAAUAUUAACUACUGUGGUAUGUCAGGCGGUAGAAAGCACGAAUCAUUUACUUUCUAGGCAAAUAAAUCAGAAGAAAAAACUUAAGAGUGCGCAGAUUGUAUUAACUCAAAUGAACUGUAUUACAGUAAGAUAUUAACUUGCAGAAUGUGAUAUUCCAGUCAAAUGAAAGUGAUUACAAGCAUGACUACUAAAAGCAUAAUCACCACAAUGCCAUUAUGCUCUAAUGUUAUACUCUGAAAGAGCAAAAGGUUCCACAACCGACGUCCUCUCCUCGGACAUGUUGAGUUAUUACGUGACGAGUCCCCUGUGUCUCUUUGUCCCUGACAAGUCUUUCCUCCCGUCUUGUCCACCCAUGUCUUUGUCUGUCCCACUAACCCUGACUGUCACCACUCUGUAUAUCUGUCUAAUGUAUCAGUUUCUUGUAGAUUGUCAGCAGCCUGCUUCCUCUGCCUCAGUAUCGCCACUCUCCCCACCACUAAGGAGAGUCUCCCUAGUCCACAGUCCGAGUCCUAACAUUGUGACGGCCCUCCAGGAGGACCAGACACCAACCUUCUCCAGAAGGUCCCCCUCAAUGGCCCAGCAGCCUCGCCCCCAAGGCCCCUAGGACUCGAGCACCCACACCCAUGGACCCGGCCCUCACGGAGGCACACAGCACUAAGGACACCUGUCUCCCAUCUCCCUCAACCUGGCACCCCAUCCUGGUGCCUAGUCUUUGUGUCCCCUCAGCAAGCCCCUCCUCCACAUACCACACUUUCUCCCGGUUGGUGAGGUUACAGAGCAAGUUCGGGAUACUCCUCAUUGGUUGGGCUGGAAUAACAUCACAUCCUGUCCACGAGAGAGAGACUGGCGGACCGGACAGCAGUGCAAACACCAGAGUGACAAAUUGACUUAAACAAUGUCCUGUAUCUAUAUGAUUAUUUAUGAUCUAUUUAGCUGACCAAUCUAUUUAACUGGUUAUUUAUUGAUUUGUGUUUGUUCAUCAAUUUAUUUAUUUGAUUUUGCAUGUGAUAUCAUCUGAUUGUUUCUUGGUCAUUCUUUGAAAAUGGAAUUCAAGAUGUGUAUUAUUGCUGUGGUACUCGGACUUAAAUAAUGAGGAUUGAUUUAGCUCAGAUUCAUUCAACUAUGGCUGUUAUGUCCUUAUUGCAAUCUUUAAAAAAAAUAAAAAAUCGAUAGAACAAAAA